AUGCCGCGGAAGAGCAAGAACAGCACCAAGCGCAACUCGAACCAAUUCGAGUUGCUCGAUGACGAGGAAGACGGUACGAACGACAAUGUGGCCUGUAGCAUCGUGGCCAAUUCGACAAGCGCGGCCGACGCGACAAGGACCAGCGCCCGCGGUCGCCCUCUGAAACCGACGCUGCAAUUCGACCCUGAACCGCGCCCAUCACGAAAGAAAUCCGCCGUCCCGAAAGCGAAACCGACGAAUGCCGACCCCAAUUCCAACGAGGAUUCAUUGGCGCGAAUCGAAGCUCUCCUGAAACGCGUCGAGGAGCGGGCCGAAAGGGCGGAGAAACGCGUCGAGUCUCUGGAAGAGUUCAUCCGAAACGAGCUCUUCCCACGCGUCGCUAGCCCUCCGGAGUCCGCCACCCAAGUGCCCCUCAUCAGCAACAGCAACAGCCCCUGCCACUUUCGCCACCACCCUCUGGUCCCAGGGCCACUGCCUGGCAUUGGCUUGGACGUGAGUCGGGUCCUAGACAGCGACAUAAAGGAAGGCAACGCCGGCACUAUUCGUCGGCGCGCGAACGCUGCCCUCGAGAAGUUGGGUGUGACCUGUCUGGGCGUCAAUUCUAAGGAAAAGGGCGUUUUCGGCUUCUCUUUCGAGAGACGGACGUCGAUAAAGUACGGCAGAACGACACCUGGAUAA